AUGUCUCUCCUUCUGGCCGGCUUCUCGCUGCUUGCUGCAGCCCAAGCUGCCGUUCGCCCAGUCGAGGUCUCGGGAGGAUGCGCCAGCCUCCCGGCCUACGAUUCGUCUGCCAGAAUCGCCGGUCCCUGGGUCGUUCCCGUUGACUCAUGUGUUAACACCACUGCCACCGAUAAUGUCUGUAGCAUGGAGGGAUUCGGCAGUGAGGCUGUUUAUUUCCUACAACAAGGCGACACAAGCGUCCAGCGUGGUUAUAUCGCAAUUGUUUCCAAAAAUGACUUGGCAAAGAGCCCCCUCCGCUGCAACGAUGAAACGAAUUCCUUCGAAUCUUAUGUCCCCUCCGGCGUCAGCGGCGCUGAAUGGAAGAGCGUCAAUGUCACCGAUAUCCCCUACAGCGCGCAGCUUAUGUGGGGACUGGGUCAGUAUAGCCUGCCUAUCCAGGCGUAUCAUCACUACAGGAACGGGGUGAAGCAGGAUGGCAUUUUCCUCGGCGCGCAUAAUGUAACCACUUGGGCUUUGCAGCUUCAGAGUGGUUCGGCCGGCAGUGGAGGCAAGCCGUACUGGUUGAUGAGACUUCUGGGACCGAAUAGUGCUGAUCCGGUUACUGGGGACGCGUUGGCGGAGGGAGAGUACCGAACCUUUAUUCGGGUUGACGGUAGUUAG